AUGGCUAAAGAGCCAUAUCGUUCAGGUCUUAAUAAAGCUGAACAAGAAAUACUAAAUUCAAUUGAACCAAAUUAUUUUAACGCUGAAAAUUUUGAUUCAAAUUUAUUUGAAUUACAAAAGUUAUCAACAUUGAAAGAAAAAUUUGAAACAGCUGAUGUCUUAUCAGUAAAAGAUCGUUUGAACGUACAAUUACACAUAGUUUCAAAACGAGUAUCAAAACUUGUGUUAGAAAAUAGUUCAUCCUAUGCUGCCGAACUUCAGAGAGUAACAGAUUUGACAUCUUCACUUCAACAAUCAGUGUUGAUUUGUGCAGCAGCACGACGAAAUUUGAAACAGGCACAAUAUCAAAUGACCAUACGUAACUUGGGUUUAAUUAAAAAUGAGAUGAAGAAACAACAAUGGACUAAUCUUUUAAGUAAUAUGAAAAAUUUAAAAAAACUGCAUGGUACAGAUAAAAGAUUGAAAGAAAUGAUCAAGAUAACAUCAUUCCUUUGUCCUGUUAUGUUAAAUCGUUUUCUUAAAAUAAUAGGUAUUGAAGAAUCAAUUGAUGUUACGAUGGCUAGAGUAUGCUAUCAUUUCAAUGAAGAAACAUAUCAACGCUUAUUAGUUGCUUAUAGACUAUUAGAAAAAUCUUCAACAUUUAUGGAUCAGUUACAAAUGCAUUUUAUUAAUAUUAUACAAACACGUACAAUUGAAAUCGUAUUAAAAACUGUAGAAACCGGAACAAAAAUAAAUGAAACAGCUUUAUUAUCAUCAUCGACUACGCCAUUAUUAAAUAAAUCUUAUGUUGAACUGUGUAAACUAAUCAAUGAUGAUACGUAUUUAUUAUGCUUGAAUGAAUUGAAUAUGUGUAUGUGGCAAGUAAUCAAGUCGUAUCGAUUACUUUACUUAUGGCAUGAAGAUAAUCCUCAAACACAAUCUAUUAAUGAAAGUCUUGAGCCAAGUCAAGUAUAUAUUAUGCAAAAACUUGAAAAUGGUUCUGUUCGUCUGUGGAAUGAAAUACAACAAAAAAUAAAAAUCUUUUUAAUUGAAGCUGAUAUAACAAAUUUUAAAUUUGAACAAUUCAUACAUAUAUUGAAAGUCAUAAACAGAUUAAUGGAAAUUGGUGAACAAUUUUGUCGUAGUGAUUCUACAAUAUUGACAGAUGCAUUAAGAAGACAAAGUGUCAAUUAUUUUCGUUCAUAUCAUAGUACACGUUUAGAUGAAUUAAAAUUAUUUUUAGAAAAUGAAUCAUGGGAAUGGUGUCCAGUAAAAACUACAUUUCACAUUACUCAAUUACAUGAAUUUCGUUUUUUACUUGAAUCAUCAUCGAUUACAUCCGAUUUGGGUACAUCAACAUCAUUCAAUCAAAAACAAGAAAUUAAUUUAUUUGAAUAUUAUUUACAAAAUGAUAAACAAAAUCCAUUUGAUAUCGAACACAAACGUCAAUCAAAUCGAGGUGACUAUAUUGAUACAGAUUCAAUAGAAGAUGUACUCGACAAUGAAAGUCAAUCGUAUCGAAAAAAUUAUACAGAGUCGAGUCCCGAAGAUUCCUAUGAUGAAGACGAAGAAGAAAAUGAGAAACGAAUAAAUCGAUAUCAUGAAUCUCCAACACAAGACAAUUAUCGUGGUUCCAGAUUAAAAUAUCAUGAUAAGACUGGCCCAGCGAUCGUUACCAAUACGACAUUAAAUGUCACAAGAUUAUUUGGACGUUAUAUGCAAAUGAUUAACGUUUUAAAACCGAUUGCAUUCGAUGUUAUUAUUUGUAUGACUCAAUUGUUUGAUUAUUAUUUAUAUACUGUCUAUAGUUUGUUUGCAUGCGACAUGAAUGAAAUACCAUUAGAUGCCUUGGGUAGUAAAUUACGUUUCACCAUCAAACGAAUAAGUGACAAUCUUAUUCUAAAAGUAAAUGAUCAACCGUCUUCGGAAACAAAAGAUAGAAUCGCUCGAGCAAGUUUAUCAAUCCUUGUUGACAUAAAUAGUUCAAAUAGUCUACUAUAUGGUCUUCCUCAACGUGUUGUUGCUGCUGAAUCACUUGUGUUUCUAGCAGAACAAUUUGAUUUUUUAUUACCCUAUUUAAAUCAAUUGAUACCUGAUGAUAAACGUUCAUUUUUAACUCAAUUCUAUUCUCAAACUAUUCAAGUUACACAUGAAUUACGUAUUCCAAUUUAUCAUAAUGUUUCAGCGAAUGUUAUUGAUUAUAUGUCCAUAGCGUUAAUGAUAUCUAAAGUGAACUGGGAUAUUCAUGAUAUAAUGACACAACACAAUGUUUAUGUUGAUGUAUUAGUUAAAGAAUUGCAAAUAUUUCGAACAAAAUUCGAUGAUAUUAAUGAACAAUUAUUACCCAUACCAAAAGCAGUUUAUAUCACUGUUUGGGAUCAAAUAUUAGAUAAAUGUUUCUAUACAUUAGUGGAAGGAUAUGCCAAUGCAAAACGUUGUUCAAAUGAGGGACGUGCGCUGAUGCAACUGGAUUUUCAACAAUUAUUAAGAAAAUUAGAAAAAAUUAUUAUUGAUAUGAAACCUUUACCUCACAAAGAAUUUGUUGAAAACUAUAUAAAAGCCUACUAUUUACCGGAACAGUCAAUUGAACAGUGGAUUCGUGAUAAUACGGUUUAUACAACAAGGCAACGUAAUGCCCUUAUUUCAAUGAUGACACAUUUAAGUAAACGAACUCGAAUGCGUUUAGGCCAAUUUCUUGAUGAUCAUGAACGCUCUCGUACGCCAGUAUACUGUCUUGUUAUAACUGUUAUAGAGAUGGCUAGUGCACUAAAAGCUUACAAUCGAUUUUUACAUAAGUAUCCAACAUUAGCUAUGUCCCUAACUACUGGCACUACAAUGGGACUUGGAAAUAUAAUUUCUCAAAAAGUUAUUGAGAAAAAAGAAAAUAUAGACUGGGGAAGAAUUACACGAUUCGCUGCAUAUGGUUAUAUAUUUUCAGGUCCAUUUUUACGUUUUUGGUAUUUUGGUUUAGAUAAAUAUUUUGCUGCCGCAAAAUUGAAACCAGUUAAGAUGAUGAUUGUUGAUCAGAUGAUUGGUGCUCCGCUACUGAACGGUGCAUUGGUCGCUUAUUUACCAUGGUCCAAUGGAAAAUCAUGGCAAGAAACUAAAGCUACUGUUCGAAAAGAUUUACCAAGUAUAUUGAAAGCAAAUUAUGCUGUGUGGCCAGCUAUUCAGUUAACGAAUUUUUAUUUCAUUCCCGUUCAACAUAGAGUGUUAUUUGUCAAUCUUGUAUCACUAUUUUGGUCGACCUUCUUGGGUUUUAAAACACAACCGAAAUAA